UUCACUCACUUGAUUAAUUAGGCGGAGAUAGCUAUUUGAGCGGAUAAAUUAAGGGGUAUCUGUUCGGCGUGUUGCUCGUUGAGGAGAGGGGAGGGGAGCAAGACAACGGGAUCGCUGCCUGGGGUUAUUUUUUAGCUCUUUUUUUUUUUUUUUUGUCUCUUGCUCGGCAGCAGCGGUGGACGGCGGCGCGCUUUAACUGAGGAGGAGAGAAAGGAGAGGAAAAGAGCCAAGCACUGAGCGGGGAUCUGAGGGCUCGCUUUACUCUGAGAGAAAAAAAGACACCUUCCUCCGCCGGAGAAAUGGCUUCUGCAUAGGAAUCCGCUCCGUAGCGUCCGGAAAUCUGAGAUAGGCAACAUGAUGGCGGGAGAACAGGGCAGAAUGAAGACCAGCGUCUCCAUCGUACCCUGCUUCCUGUGUGUGGAGCUGGUGAUCAUGGCUGGCACGGUGCUCCUGGCUUACUACUUUGAGUACACGGACACUUUCCCUGUCCACAUCCAGGGCUUCUUCUGCUACGACAAAGCCUUCUCUAAACCCUACCCCGGCCCAGAGGACGACAGCAAGGCACCUCCAGUCCUGGUCUACUCCCUGGUCACUGCCAUCCCCACCGUCACGAUCUUGGCCGGCGAGUUGACGUGCUUCUUCAUGAAGUCAGAGGCGGCUCAGGAGAAGACCAUCGUGACGGCAGACUGCUGCUACUUCAACCCCCUGCUGCGCAGAAUCGUUCGGUUUCUUGGAGUCUAUUCUUUUGGCCUCUUCACCACUACGAUAUUUGCUAACGCAGGGCAGGUGGUGACAGGAAACCAGACGCCUCACUUCCUGUCUGCCUGUCGACCCAACUACACUGCGCUGGGCUGCCACUCCGGCGUGCAGUACGUCACGGAACGCCGUGCCUGCACAGGGAACCCCUACGUGGUGGCGUCCGCCCGCAAAUCCUUCCCCUCCAAGGACGCAGCCCUCAGCCUCUACUCUGCCGUGUACACCGUGAUGUACGUGACCAUCGUGUUCCGCACGAAGGGCACAAGGCUGACCAAGCCCACGCUGUGUCUGACGCUGCUGUCUCUGGCGGUGCUGGUGGGCGUGGUGCGCGUGGCUGAAUACCGGAACCACUGGUCAGACGUGCUGGCGGGCUUCCUGACCGGGGGGGCCAUCGCUGCCUUUCUGGUGACGUGUGUGAUUAAUAACUUCCAGCAGACCCAGCUGCCCCCCCCGCCGGCCCCGCCCCAGCGCCCUGAGCCUGUCCUGAGCAUGCCCAUGAUGCCGCUGGCCUGUGUGGAGAGUCCACUCGAAAAGUUAAGUGGCCCUCAGACUCCGGGAUCUGCGUUCACCGAGAUCACAUGACCAUCAGCCUUACCUGUUCCCCGUCACCCCCGAUGUCUUAAUACCGUCUCGCUCCAUCUCCAGCGAAGUCUAGACCUGCCCCCCGGCCACGCCCAGCCAUGUGCCGUCCACCCGACCGGGCGCCCCCUCCUCAUCCGCUCCUUCUCCACCCAGGUCUAGGCUCGGCCCGGCCCUCCCUGUGCCCAUCCCUCCUUUCAGUCACACUCACUGAACUGCACAUUCCCCCCGAGACAAGCUUUUCUCUCUGGACUGAGGUGAGCGCUCUUACUGUACAGAGUUCUUUUUUUACUGCUUUUAUCGUUCCUGAAAUCCCCCUUUUCCCACCGAGUUCGUAAAAGUCCCAAAG